AGCCGAGCCGAGCCCCGGGGCCGCCUCGUCCUUUGUGUGCGCCGGGGCACCGGGCACCGCCGGGAGCACCGGGAGCCGAGGCCGGGCGGUGAUAGCGGGGAGCGGGAGCGGCCCCGGGGCCCGGGGAGCCCCCGGCGGCCCCAUGAAGGAACCGGACGCCAUCAAACUCUUCGUGGGGCAGAUCCCGCGGCACCUGGAGGAGAAGGACCUGAAACCGAUUUUUGAGCAAUUCGGCAAAAUCUACGAGCUCACCGUCAUCAAGGACAAGUACACCGGCAUGCACAAAGGAUGCGCCUUCCUGACCUACUGCGCCCGCGAGUCGGCCCUGAAGGCCCAGAGCGCCCUGCACGAGCAGAAAACCCUGCCGGGGAUGAACCGGCCCAUCCAGGUGAAGCCGGCGGACAGUGAGAGCCGAGGAGAGGACCGCAAGCUCUUUGUGGGCAUGCUGAGCAAGCAGCAGGCGGACGAGGACGUGCGCAAGAUGUUCGAGCCCUUCGGCACCAUCGACGAGUGCACGGUGCUGCGCGGGCCCGACGGCACCAGCAAAGGCUGCGCCUUCGUCAAGUUCCAGAGCCACGCGGAGGCCCAGGCCGCCAUCGCCGCCCUGCACGGGAGCCGCACGCUGCCGGGCGCCUCGUCCAGCCUGGUGGUGAAGUUUGCGGACACGGAGAAGGAGCGGGGGCUGCGGCGCAUGCAGCAGGUGGCCAGCCAGCUGGGCAUGUUCAGCCCCAUCGCCCUCCAGUUCGGCGCCUACAGCGCCUACACGCAGGCGCUGAUGCAGCAGCAGGCGGCCCUGGUGGCCGCGCACUCGGCCUACCUCAGCCCCAUGGCCACCAUGGCCGUCCAGAUGCAGCACAUGGGCACGGUCAACCCCAACGGGCUCAUCGCCACCCCCCUGCCACCCUCCUCAGGAACCAGCACCCCCCCGGCCAUGGCGGCCACCCCCGUCCCGGCCAUCGCGGCCCCGCUGAGCGUCAAUGGCUACAGCCCCGUGCCCGCGCAGCCCGCGGGACCCCCCGCCCCCGACGCCGUCUACGCCGGGGGGGUCCCCCCCUUCCCAGCCCAGAGCCCCGCGGCCCCCGGGGACCCCCUGCAGCAGGCGUACGCUGGCAUGCAGCACUACACUGCCGCGUACCCGGCCGCCUACGGGCUGGUGAGCCCGGCCUUCGCCCCCCCGGGACCCCUGCUCGCCCCCCCGCCCCCCCCGCAGCAGCAGCAGCGUGAAGGCCCCGAGGGCUGUAACAUCUUCAUCUACCACCUGCCCCAGGAGUUCGCCGACACCGAGAUCCUGCAGAUGUUCCUCCCCUUCGGCAACGUCAUCUCCGCCAAGGUCUUCGUGGACAGGGCCACCAACCAGAGCAAGUGCUUCGGCUUCGUGAGCUUUGACAACCCCGCGAGCGCCCAGGCCGCCAUCCAGGCCAUGAACGGCUUCCAGAUCGGGAUGAAGCGGCUCAAGGUGCAGCUCAAGAGGCCCAAAGACGCCAACCGGCCCUACUGAGCCCGGUCCGGAGGCUCCGGAGCAGCACCUUUGGGUGCCCCCCCAUUGCAGAGCAGCCCCCCCAAACCCAGCGGUGCCCCGGAGGGGGGGGGGGGGGGGCUCGGUCCUGCUGGGGGGGACCCCAGACCCCCCCCACGCUCAGGAAGGAUGGACCCCCCCUCCAGGCCCCACCCGACCUCCCCCAGUCCAUCCCAGUUCAUCCCAGUCCAGCCCAGUCCAUCCCAGUACAGGGUGCCGGUGCCCCCCCCACAGCAGCCACACCCACUCCGGUUUUGGGGGGGUCGUGCCCACCCUGGGGGACCCCAAAAGGACCCCCCCUCAUUUC